UCGAUCACCCCUCCCCUCCCCACCCCCCUCCCUCACCCACGAACACAUUUCUCUCUUUCUCUCUCUAUCUACUUCCAAGAUCUUCUUCCCCCAAUUCUGCAGAUUUCCCAGCUCCAAGAUUCAAGCUUUAGCUUCAAUUGAAUAGUAAUUAAAAGCAAUGAGGGAAGAAGAUUCAAACUGGUUCUCAAAAUGGGAGGAGGAGCUCCCAUCCCCGGAGGAUCUGAUGCCCCUCUCCCAAUCCCUAAUCACCCCCGAUCUCGCCCUGGCCUUCAACAUCCCGACCCGCCACCACCACCACGCCCCCUCCCCUCCGCCCCCUCGCAACUCCUCCGCCGAAUUCGACUCCCCGGAGGUCAGCGCCGCCGCCCCCGCCGCCUCCGACGAGCCCGCGCGCACCCUCAAGCGCCCCCGCCUCGUCUGGACCCCUCAGCUCCACAAGCGCUUCGUGGACGCCGUCGCCCACCUCGGCAUCAAGAACGCCGUCCCCAAGACGAUUAUGCAGCUCAUGAGCGUCGACGGCCUCACCCGCGAGAAUGUCGCCAGCCACCUCCAGAAGUACCGCCUCUACCUCAAGCGGAUGCAGACCAUCUCCGCCGGCGGCUCCGCCUCCGCCGCCGGCGCCGGCGACCCCGCCACCGACCACCUCUUCGCCAGCUCCCCCGUCCCCCCUCACUUCCUCCACCCCGUCGCCCGCGCCGCAGACCACUACCUCCCCUUCCACCACCAGAUGGCCGUCGUGGCGCCGCACCCCCAGCAGUUUAGGCAUUUUGGGAACUCUCCUCCCAAUGCCCAAUUCGAUCCUUACAUGAGGCAGAUGCAGAGGGUGGGGGCGCCGCCCUAUGUGGAGGAUUUGGAGUCGUCUACUCCGGCCAGCGCCCGGAAAGUGCUCACCUUGUUUCCCACUGGAGAUGAUUGAGGAGAUUGGGAUUCUUCUUCUUCUCUUUUUCCCCUUUGUGAAAAUCUUGUGAUGAUUGAAUGCUUUAAAUUACACUCUUUUGAUUUUUAAUUUAUUUGGUGUUCAUUUUUAGGCC